AUGGCCGCGACCGCCAUGAUUAGGAUUACUACUUUACGUUGCCGCCACGACCCGCUCUCCUCCCUUCCCCGCACCACGUCAGUCGCCCGCUCCUGUACGCUUCCUCCUCGAUGCCGCCGAUGCAGACUGCUCACUCCCCAUUCUUCUUGCUGCUCCCCUUCCUCCUCCGUCUCUCCGCGCCGGGUCCGGGUCCGCCCAACAGCAGCAUUGAAGCGCAUCCCUGGCAGCAACACCAGCUUCAUGGGUCCAGCCGACAAUGGCGCCACCACGCUUCAGCGAUCGUCAUCGUCCCACCUUCGUCGCAGCCUGAUCAUCCCCAACUACACUGCUGGCACCGGAGACGCCAGUGCUGCUUCCUCAGGACUGCUGCCCGCCAUUCUUGGGGUGGCGCAUCUGCUUGUGUCGCUGGGCAUUGUGUUCGCCACCGAUAAAUUCCUCAAACAGGCAUUCGUCGCCGCAUCCAUCAAGUUCCCAAGCGCCCUCUUCGGCAUGUUCUGUGUCUUCUCCGUGCUAGUAGUCUUCGACACAUUCGUGCCUGCUCUCGCGAAGGCGUUCAUGGACUUCUUUGCGCCUGCCACACUAUUCAUCCAGAGGUGGCUACCCUUGUUCUACGUCCCGACACUAGUCGUGCUGCCGCUCGCCGUCAGGGAUGUCCCAGCGGCUUCAGGACUCAAGAUUUUUGCAAUCACUUUUGGUGGCUGGUUUGCUACCCUCGUGGUUGCAGGAUAUACAGUGUUAGCUGUGAGAAAACUUGUGAAGACAGAGCUUAUUACAGACACAGAGCCCAUGAGCAAGCCGUCACCAUUUUCUACAUUGGAAAUCUGGGCAUGGUCUGCUAUAUUCGUUACAUCAUUUGGUGUUGCGUAUUUCAAUCCCACGGCACUUGGUACCACAGCAAUAACAUGCCUUCCUUUCCUGCUUGCUGCUAAUGUGCUGGGAUACAUGGUUGGUUCUGGGUUACCAGCUGGUGUCAAGAAAGUGUUACAUCCAAUCAUCUCCUGCGCACUUUCUGCAGAUUUGGCGGCAGUAGCGUAUGGGUACCUCUCCGGGUCUGGACUUGAUGCUGUGCUAGGUGAUUAUCUCACAAAGGCGCCCUCUAAUCCUGGAGCCGGUGACGUACUAAUGGGUUUCCUCGGGUCUGUGAUCAUAUCGUUUGCAUUCUCAAUGUUCAAACAGAGAAAGCUUGUACAGAGGCACGCAGCAGAGAUUUUCACAUCAAUUGCCAUUGCAUCGACAUUCUCUCUGUACUCAACUGCUGUCAUAGGGCGCCUGAUUGGGCUAGAGCCAUCAUUAACCAUAUCCAUAUUGCCAAGGUGUAUAACUGUGGCGCUGGCUUUGAGCAUAGUAUCUUUCUUUGAAGGUGUAAACUCUACACUAAGUGCUGCCGUGGUUGUCCUUACCGGGCUCAUUGGAGCGAAUUUUGUGCAAGCAGCUAUGGAUAAACUUGGUCUGAACGACCCCAUCGCCAGAGGAAUAGGGACAGCUUCCAGUGCUCAUGGACUGGGGACAGCAGCACUAUCAGCCAAGGAACCUGAAGCACUCCCGUUCUGCGCCAUUGCUUAUGGUCUCACGGGAAUUUUUGGCUCGCUGAUUUGCUCGGUUCCAGCAGUGAGGCAAAGCUUGGUAUUCAUAGCUGGUUAA